GUCAAAUCAAGCAACAUGCUUGGAGAAGCCCGCCACCUCACAGCAAAACAUCAUGUUUCAUCUCCGCUUCCUCUCAACGUGCAAAAAUGGAGUAGCUGGGAAUCGAACCCAGAACCUUCUCCACUCAGUAAUGCUCAAAGAGCAAUGCUAAGAAGAUGUCAUACCACUAGACCACAACCCCUUUCGAUGAAGCCUGGAACCGUCAUGCGCAUUAUCAAUCUCUCAAAUGCGUCCAGCUGUACCAAGGUUUCAAUCGCGAUCCUGCAGCCGUUCCAAUGCCAUCCACUAACACCUACUUUUAAGAAACACACAUUAUGCCUCGAGGAUCCGAAUACAGCGAUGAGAAGCGUGCCGCCGCUUUGAUCAUGUUUCUCAUCUUCAAAGCCUCCCACAGCGAGGUGGAAACACGAACAGGCGUAUCCAAAGCCGCAGUCCGUCAAAUGGCUUCUCGAGCACACAAAGCCGGCAUCGACCGGACGAGCAUAGAAGAGUUGAUUGUCUUUGCACGAACAAAGCCGAGGAAAGGUCGACCUCGUCGCGAUGCUGCUACAGACAAGCCGUCGUCGAGUCAACCGCCGGAAGCAACGGAAUCAGAGACACCAAAACAAUCACAUGAGUCUGCUGUAGCGGCUACACAGGAACUCCGUCCACAGCCAGCAAAUACCACCCCGACAGCCACGACAAGUACGAGGGCCAACAGUCGCGAAGGCGUCUCCGAGGUCAUGAAGAGUUGGAAUCCGCAUGAGGUACAGGCCAUGGACGCGCCUUAUACCAUGGCUACCAACGAGCAAGGAUGAAGACACGCAGACCAUACGGACGCGCGUUGCACAGCUCGAUAUCUGGCUGCUGGCAGUUCCCAAAGCCGAAGGAGUGCCAGCUGAGAGUUCUGGCGAUCUACCGAAUUCGGACAGGGUGGUACCAACAGCAAACCUUGUUAUGGUCGCCGACGACAUUACGACUUCACGACGAAUGAAUACCUCACCAAUACAUACGCAUUACAUCGUUUGCGCUUUGAUUCUCGUGCUGUGAUAUGUUGUGUAGUGAUUGUGUCGCCUGUCGUUGUUCUAUCACCGAAUAUGGCUUUUCCAAACCCUUUGAAUAGAGCCAGGCUACUGAACUUAUGAGGAAGUAUGCGUGUGAUUCGCAUCGAGAGGGUGGCGCAACAGUAUACUAGAUCCGUA